AAAGGAUGCGAUGACUGCAGUCAAACGCUGUCACCCGCACAAAAAUCCGCGAAAUGUAUCACUUUUUUAAAUAUCCUUUCGAAGGCUACAAACCCGUAAAGUACGUUGUAAAUCCGGUGAGAGUUGUCGAAGCUGUGCUAUGUCUUGUGUGUAUUGCACUCGCAGCCGCUAUCGACGUCAAAAUACACGAUAUGCACAUAGCGUUCAAAAUCCUGCUAACAUUCACGGCCGCGGCUUUUGUCAUAAUAACAGUCUACGAUGUGAUAGCAACAUCAUACGCGCGACCAAUUUACUGGAACGCUUGGACUCUCUUUACGAUCACUGGGGCCUUAUUUUUUUUCCUCGGUGUCGGUUUAAUAAUAGCAACGGGGUUCGGACACGUCCUGCUAAUCCUGGGUGUAGUUGCCUACGCCGUGACCGCAAUCAUUUUUCUACUAGACACCAUACUUAUUUUACAUGCGUUCCAAAAGCGACAAAACGAAGUGUAUCCGGAAGAGUACGAACCCGAACCAGUCGUGGUUAUAUCAAGACACGUUGUAUCCGAACCUAGCAAAUCAGCCUUGAAACCAGCAGAGGAAGAAAAAGUGACCGCAAGCGAUUCAAAACACACCAGAAGUACGGUCUCGACGGUCUCCAAAGAGACAUCCUUUAAAGAUGUACCCCCUGAACCAGUGAAAUCAUCACACGAGGAAGUGAAGCCACAAGCGUCGAAAGAAACCGGGCCUUCACAAUCAUCACACCUAGAACCCGGAUCUUCUAGGGAAAUCGACGCGUCUGCCCUAUCCAGAGACCUGACUCCUGGAUCGUCCCGCGAAAUCCGCUUCAUGGACCGCAUGUACGAAACCAAACGUACAGUACACGGGGGAAAAUUAACCGAAGAAGAGAAAAUAAUCGAGCAGAAACAAAGAGUGACCACUUCGUACGGUGGUACUUUCCCUAUGUCCAAGGACGCAACUCCGUUACCAAGUCCAGCAGGCGCGCCUUGCAUGCCCUGUCGGACCCCCACGUGCCGGAAGCCGGUAGGGGUCCGGAGCUCCGGUUCCCAGAUUAUCAAACGAUCGACUUCCGGGAACAUCCGGCGAGGGCCUGAUGGCAACUACUACCUUUCGGAUGGUACUCCUCUCAUUCCGCUGCAAGACCAGAACGGGGAAACUCUCUAUCAGGACUCCAACGGUGUUAUGUACACCAAAGACGGGAUCCCGAUUAUUUCCCAAGCUGAGUCGUACACGGAGGUGGUGAAGGAGAGUACCCAGCAACGGGUGGACACCCACAAGCUCAAGUCGCGAGACGGGGUUUGGUACACACCCGAUGGUCGAAGAGUCGAAGAUGUUUAUAGAUGUUGCGAUGGAAAAUUGAUAACCGCUGAUGGUACCCCGCUCAAUGAGAUUGAUUUAGGAGGCGGGAGUUUUGUAUACGAGUCACCGCAAGGUGUCCUAUACUCGAGUGACGGUACCCCGGUUGGUUUUGAGGAUGAUAGGGAAAAAGAAGUGAACCGAAUUUACGAAAGACAGUCGGCUAAAUACACCACAAAGUCGGAAACCAAGUUCCAGGAACGCAGAGUUGGGGAACAAGUCAGUAGUGAAGAUGGGUUGUACCUAUGUGACGGUACUCCUGCGAAAAAAAUUGAGACUCCGUCUGGACAAAUCAUGUAUGAGUAUGACGGCCAGUUGUACACUCGGGACGAUGACGAUGAUGAUUUACCGAGACAGGGGUCAGGACCUGUCUGGAGCAGACCCUCACCCGAGGAACAAUACGAAUCAAGACCACCGGUCCAGACUUAUGAACCGAGAUGUAUCCAGUCGAGGAUUGAUAGUAGCCGGCAGUUCAAACCAAGAGAGACCCCCCCAUCAAGCGACCACAGUGUCCCUCGAUCAACUCGAUCCUCAACUCCCUGUCGAACCCCAUAUUACGACAGUGGGAGCGACCACAGGUCCAUCCCUAGAUCGGCCACAUCGUCAACACAGUCACGACCCCCAUGCUGUGAAUGCCACCAACCGACCAUCCCCAGAUCCGCUCGAUCGUUAACACCCCCCCGGCCACCCAGCGACCAACCCAGAUCAAGUAGAUCCCUAACACCUCCUUGUGCCCCAUGCAACCAACCACCAUCAAACAGAUCGUUAACACCCCCUCGGCCACCCAGCGACCAACCCAGAUCAAGUAGAUCCCUAACACCUCCAUGUGCCCCAUGCAACCAACCACGAUCAAACAGAUCGUUAACCCCCCCUUGCCCCCCCAGCGACCAAGCCAGGUCCACUAGAUCACUAACACCCCCUCGAGCACCCAGCGACCAAGCCCGGGCAACCAGAUCGUUGCUAUCACCCCCUGGGCAUCCAAACCACCCCAGCGAGCAAACGCCAAUCCCCAGAUCAAACCGAUCACUAACACCCUCCAGACCUCCGUGUUACGAAAGCACCUAUCCACUAACCCCAGCUACUAGCUCCGCCCCAAAACUCCAAAUAUGCCCCUCCCAGAAGGAGGAGAUUCCCCCCACUUGCCCCUACCUCCCCAAACCCAAACCAGUAACCCCGCGCUACUGCCCGGCCCAAACUUGCAUGAAGCCCCAAAGGCGCCCCUCCCCUCCCACUUCCCCCAGGAAAGAACGGGCACCAAGUACCGGUUCCCGAACCGUGGCCGUUUCCACGCGAAUGGUACCGAAGUGCCCGCUGUACAAGCAGCAAAGUCAAAGUGCACCAUCGAGCCCCCAGCGCAGGGAUGCGCCCCCACGGCCGGUCAAAAGCGCGGAGCCGCAGUGGCAGCAGCAGCCAACUGUGGUGCACCAGCAAUACGUCCAGAAACCGUGCGUUUGUGGAAAUAUUCACUACCAACAAGCGACAACCGUUCAAGGGACGUUCAGCCAAAGUGAAACUUCUCAAAGCGGUUCGCCGCCAAAAUCGCCCAAAGGGCCGUGCGGGAAGAAAGACUGCAAUUGCCAGGCGUGCAAAAGUGCGAAAGAGGCGGCGGAACCGGCGGAUAAACCGCCCCUGCAGACCAUUUCGGAAUGUGAUGUGGAGACGGAACCGCCGUCAAGACACAACAUUCGGUCGAGUAGUUCGUCCCAACCGACUUCAAGCGAAUACGUUCCCGACAGGACUUCGCCCUCGUGCAACAGAUGCUUCAUCUGCGGGGACAGAAACUGUCUCAUCCACACGCAGAAGGAAACGGGGAAUGAUUCGGUACAAACGAGCGAAACGCGGAUGCUCAGAGCCUCCGAUAUCCAGAAACUGACGUCCGGGAACUUGCCCGGAACCGCGGAUGAUUAUAAGAAAUAG